AUGGUGGAGUUUGCACCUUUGUUUUUGCCACUGGAACGCAGGCUGCAGACCUUCGCAGUCCUGCAGUUGAUCUUCUCUUACUUGGCCCUGCACUUGAUCUGCUGGGUAGUCUUCAUUGGCCUCCUGUUCACAAGAUUCUGGUUGAUCAGUAUCCUGUAUGUGAUCUGGUGGUACAUGGAUCGAGACACGCCAUGGCAGGGGGGCAGGCAGAGUGCUUUCUUGAGGCACUGGACCAUAUGGAAGUACACGAAGGACUAUUUCCCCAUCUCGCUGGUCAAGACUGCCGAGCUGGACCCCUCCCGAAACUACGUCGCUGGCUUCCACCCUCAUGGGAUCCUCGCCACCGGAGCGUUUACCAACCUGUGCACAGAGGGUACGGGCUUCUCCUUGGUUUUCCCAGGCAUCCGCUCACAUCUGAUGAUGAUGCACUGGUGUUUCUGGGCCCCUGUCUACAGGGAUUACAUCAUGUGUGGGGGGCUGGUCUCAUCAGACAAGGAGAGUGCUACUCACAUUCUGAGCAGGAAAGGAGGCGGCAACCUGCUGUCCAUCGUUGUUGGGGGUGUCCAGGAGGCACUGAAUGCCAGGCCUGGGACCUACAAGCUGGUGCUGCGGAACCGCAAGGGCUUCAUCAGGCUCGCCCUGACGCACGGGGCAGAUCUGGUGCCAAUCUUCUCCUUUGGGGAGAAUGACAUAUAUGACCAGGUUGAGAACUCUCGGGGUUCCUGGUUGCGGUGGUUUCAGGACCGACUUCAGAAGAGCAUUAGAUGUUCCAUCCCUCUCUUCUAUGGCCGUGGAGUCUUCCAGUACAGCUUUGGUCUUCUGCCCUACCGCCGACCCAUCACCACCGUGGUGGGGAAGCCCAUUGAGGUGCAGAAGACACCACAUCCCUCCCAGGAGGAGGUAGACAGGCUUCACCAGCGCUACAUGAAGGAGCUGGAAAAUCUCUUUGAAGCCCACAAGCUCAAGUACAACGUCCCCAGAGACCAACACUUGGAGAUCUGCUGA